AUGGCCCCCGCUCGGAGCCGCCUGCCCCCGGCGCUCUGGGUCGUCACGGCCGCGGCGGCGGCAGCCACCUGCGUGUCCGCGGCGCGCGGCGAAGUGAAUUUGCUGGACACGUCGACCAUCCAUGGGGACUGGGGCUGGCUCACGUAUCCCGCUCACGGGUGGGACUCCAUCAACGAGGUGGACGAGUCCUUCCGGCCCAUCCACACAUACCAGGUGUGCAACGUCAUGAGCCCCAACCAGAACAACUGGCUGCGCACCAGCUGGGUGCCCCGCGACGGCGCCCGGCGCGUCUACGCCGAGAUCAAGUUCACCCUGCGGGACUGCAACAGCAUGCCCGGCGUGCUGGGCACCUGCAAGGAGACCUUCAACCUCUACUACCUGGAGUCGGACCGUGACCUGGGCGCCAGCACACAGGAGAGCCAGUUCCUCAAAAUCGAUACCAUCGCGGCCGACGAGAGCUUCACCGGGGCCGACCUGGGUGUGCGGCGCCUCAAGCUCAACACGGAGGUGCGAGGUGUGGGCCCCCUCAGCAAGCGUGGCUUCUACCUGGCCUUCCAGGACAUCGGUGCCUGCCUUGCCAUCCUGUCUCUCCGCAUCUACUACAAGAAGUGCCCCACCAUGGUGCGCAACCUGGCCGCCUUCUCGGAGGCGGUGACGGGGGCCGACUCAUCCUCGCUGGUGGAGGUGCGGGGCCAGUGCGUGCGGCACUCCGAGGAGCGGGACACGCCCAAAAUGUACUGCAGCGCCGAGGGCGAGUGGCUGGUGCCCAUUGGCAAGUGCGUGUGCAGCGCGGGCUACGAGGAGCGGCGGGAUGCCUGUGUGGCCUGUGAGCUGGGCUUCUACAAGUCGGCACCCGGGGACCAGCUCUGCGCCCGCUGCCCUCCCCACAGCCACUCUGCAGCCCCUGCCGCGCAGGCCUGCCGCUGCGACCUCAGCUACUUCCGUGCAGCCCUGGACCCACCGUCUGCAGCCUGCACCCGCCCCCCCUCGGCACCAGUGAAUCUGAUCUCCAGCGUGAAUGGGACUUCUGUGACCCUGGAGUGGGCCCCUCCACUGGACCGGGGCGGCCGCAGUGACAUCACCUACAAUGCCGUGUGCCGCCGCUGCCCCUGGGCCUUGGGCCACUGCGAGACGUGCGGGAGCAGCACCCGCUUCGUGCCCCAGCAGACCAGCCUGGUGCAGGCCAGCCUGCUGGUGGCCAACCUACUGGCCCACAUGAACUACUCCUUCUGGAUCGAGGCCGUCAACGGUGUGUCCGACCUGAGCCCAGAGCCCCGCCGGGCUGCCGUCGUCAACAUCACCACAAACCAGGCAGCCCCGUCCCAGGUGGUGGUGAUCCGCCAGGAGCGGGCGGGGCAGACCAGCGUCUCACUGCUGUGGCAGGAGCCAGAGCAGCCCAAUGGCAUCAUCCUGGAGUACGAGAUCAAGUACUACGAGAAGGACAAGGAGAUGCAGAGCUACUCCACCCUCAAGGCUGUCACCACCAGGGCCACCGUCUCGGGCCUCAAGCCGGGCACCCGCUACGUGUUCCAGGUCCGAGCCCGCACCUCGGCUGGCUGCGGCCGCUUCAGCCAGGCCAUGGAGGUGGAGACCGGGAAACCCCGUCCCCGCCACGACACCCGGACCAUCGUCUGGAUCUGCCUGACCCUCGUCGCUGGCCUGGUCGUGCUCCUACUCCUGCUCAUCUGCAAGAAGAGGCACUGCGGCUACAGCAAGGCCUUCCAGCACUCGGACGAGGAGAAGAUGCACUAUCAGAACGGGCAGGCACCUCCACCCGUCUUCCUGCCCCUGCACCACCCUCCGGGGAAGAUCCCAGAGCCCCAGUUCUAUGCAGAGCCCCACACCUACGAGGAGCCGGGCCGGGCGGGCCGCGGUUUCACCCGCGAGAUCGAAGCCUCUAGAAUCCACAUCGAGAAGAUCAUCGGCUCCGGAGAGUCCGGGGAAGUCUGCUACGGGCGUCUGCAGGUGCCGGGGCAGCGGGACAUGCCCGUGGCCAUCAAGGCCCUCAAAGCCGGCUACACGGAGAGACAGCGGCGGGACUUUCUGAGUGAGGCAUCCAUCAUGGGUCAGUUUGACCACCCCAAUAUCAUCCGCCUUGAAGGUGUCGUCACCCGUGGCCAGCUGGCAAUGAUCGUGACCGAGUACAUGGAGAACGGCUCUCUGGACACCUUCCUGAGGACUCACGAUGGGCAGUUCACCAUCAUGCAGCUGGUGGGCAUGCUCAGAGGAGUGGGCGCCGGCAUGCGCUACCUCUCGGACCUGGGCUACAUCCACCGCGACCUGGCUGCCCGCAACGUCCUGGUCGAUGGCAACCUGGUCUGCAAGGUGUCUGACUUCGGGCUCUCGCGGGUGCUGGAGGACGACCCCGACGCCGCCUACACCACCACGGGAGGGAAGAUCCCUAUCCGCUGGACGGCCCCAGAGGCCAUCGCCUUCCGGACCUUCUCCUCGGCCAGCGACGUGUGGAGUUUUGGGGUGGUCAUGUGGGAGGUGCUUGCCUACGGGGAGCGGCCCUACUGGAACAUGACCAACCGGGACGUCAUCAGCUCCGUGGAGGAGGGGUACCGCCUGCCCGCGCCCAUGGGCUGCCCCCGCGCCCUGCACCAGCUCAUGCUUGACUGCUGGCACAAGGACCGGGCCCAGCGGCCUCGCUUCUCCCAGAUCGUCAGCGUCCUGGACACGCUGAUCCGCAGCCCUGAGGGUCUCAGGGCCACGGCCACUGUCAACAGGUGCCCGCCCCCCGCCUUUGCCCGGAGCUGCUUUGACCUCCGCGGGGGCGGGGGUGGCGGCGGGGGCCUCACCGUGGGGGAUUGGCUGGACUCCAUCCGCAUGGGCCGCUACCGGGACCACUUCGCUGCUGGGGGUUACUCCUCUCUGGGCAUGGUGCUACGUAUGAAUGCUCAGGAUGUGCGUGCCCUGGGCAUCACCCUCAUGGGCCACCAGAAGAAGAUCCUGGGCAGCAUCCAGACCAUGAGGGCCCAGCUGCCCAGCACCCAGGGGCCCCACCGGCACCUCUGA